AGAAAAAGUGCUAGUGGUAAAUUGUCCUCCUCCACAAAUUCGCUCCUUCUGUGUGUGGUUACUGUACAUUUCUGUCUCUGUAUAACUGGGAUUUAUCUCCCCCAUCUCUUCUUCUGUCUGAGAGAGAAAUGGAUAAACAAACUCCAGACUCCAAAGCAAGAAGACUAGAGAUAGGGAUCAGAGAGAGGCGGCCAGAGGAUAGAAGCAAUAACUUUUGUGUGGAGUCACUCAUUGAUGCUCUGGUAGUCCUUUAUGAUGAGUGCUGCUCCUCGAACCAGAAAAGAGAGAGGACAGUUGUAGAGUUUGUGGAAAGAGUCAAACCAGUCAUUGACAGAGUUAAAGAAUGUCGUUUGACAGCUGACGAUUUUGAAGUUUUAGAAGUGAUUGGGAGAGGAGCCUUUGGAGAAGUGAAGGUUGUGAGAUUAAAAUCAACCAAUAAAGUAUAUGCCUUAAAGGUUCUUAACAAAGCUGAGAUGCUACAGCGACAGACAACUGCUUGCUUUAAAGAAGAGCGUGAUGUGUUAGUGUUUGGUAAUAGGGACUGGAUUACUAAACUUCAUUAUGCUUUUCAAGAUAAAAAUAACCUGUAUUUUGUGAUGGAUUACUACCUUGGAGGUGAUGUCCUAACACUGCUCAGUAAAUUUGAGGACAGGCUCACGGAAGACAUGGUCAAGUUUUAUGCAUCAGAAAUGAUACUGGCCAUUCAUUCGAUUCAUGAUUUGGGCUAUGUCCAUAGAGAUAUAAAGCCUGACAAUGUUCUCAUUGGUAAAGAUGGCCACAUCAGAUUGGCAGAUUUUGGCUCAUGUUUAAAGAUGGACUCCAACAGGAAAGUCAACAGCACGACUGCUGUUGGGACUCCAGACUAUAUUAGUCCGGAAAUAUUACAAGCAAUGGAGGAUGGGCGUGGUGUCUAUGGCCCAGAGUGUGACUGGUGGUCCCUCGGGAUCUGUAUUUAUGAAAUGUUGUUCGGCGAGACUCCAUUUUAUGCCGAGUCCCUCUUACAGACGUACAGCAAGAUCAUGCAACACAAGACAUUGUUUUCCUUUCCUUCUGAUGAAGAUUCUAUUGUGGUCUCGAAAGAUGCUAAAAACCUCAUUAAAAAUCUGAUCUGUGAUGCUGAGGAGAGGUUGGGUCAAAGUGGUAUUGAUGACUUCAAGAAGCAUCCUUUCUUUGAAGGAAUAGACUGGGACAACAUUCGCUCUCAGACUCCUCCCUAUAUACCAGAAUUCACCAGCGAUACCGAUACCAGGAACUUUGAGCCUUACGAACCGGACGACCCGGGACAUGAUCCAACCCCACCUAACUUGACUGCUCUUACCCUCCACCUUCCAUUUGUUGGAUUCACCUUUACAAGUGGUAGUGCACUCUCUGACAGACCUCCACUCCCAUCACUUGUCACUAGAGAGCAAGAAACUGGAAUCAUUACACAACUCCCAUCAGGACCGAGUGAAGAAGAAGAAAGAUUAAGAGCUGAAGUUAAAAGUUUGAAGGAUGAGCUGGAUAAGAGCAGAAGGGGAACACUCUCAUCGCAAAAGGGACACGAUGAUCAAGCAUCGAAAAUGAAAACGUUGGAGAGAGCUGUCCGCUCCUUAAAAAGUGAAAAGAACUCACUAACGGAGCAGGUCUCUGACUUGAAGGAGUCGUUGGCAGCAAAAGAGAAGGAGCUCAAAGAAGGGAACAAGAGAUACAGAGAAUCACAAGAUGAACUGAACCGAAUUUCAGACAAAAUGACUGACUAUCGUUCACAAAAGCGUGAGCUAAGCAGAGCUUUGAGAGAGAAGGAAGAAGAAUAUGAUGAGAUUGCAAGUAAAGUGGACUCUUAUAGGAAAACAGCUAAGGAGAGUGAGAGGGAAAAACGUAGUUUACUGAAUGAAUUGGAUGAUGCCAAAGCAGCAGUGAGUCAAGAGAAAAGACAAAAGAAUCGACUUGAGAAAUUGAAGCAAGAAUUAGAAGAUGAGAUAUCAACCCUUAGGUCAAAGCAUAGAAGAGAUACUAGUACAGGGCAAGAUACUCAAGAGCUUCAGAAAAAUAUUGAAAAGCUGCAGGCUCAACUUCAGGAGAAAGAUAGUGAUCAUAGUGAAGCUGUCAAAUCUCUCGAGGCCAAGCAUAUAGCGGAGGUACAGAAGCUGAAGGAAUUACUAGCCACAUCUGAGAGCACCAACACUGAACUACACAAUGAGAACAAUGAUCUGCAAGUUCGUUUGACUAAAGUGCGUAACAGGACGAUAUCGGAAUUGAACGAAGGGAUGAAGGAGAAGGUUGAUAAGUAUGAGAAGGAUAAGAUCCAAUUGAGCGAAGAGAAGAGAGAGCUUUCCUUGCAAGUUGAAUCACUCACAACUAAACUGGAAGAGUCUAAGAAGAUACAGCAGCAGCAGGAAGAGGACUUAAAGGAUAUAAAGAAUCAGAAGGAGUUGCUCUCACAGUGGGAGCAUCAAAUUGCUGAAAUCGUUCAACUUGUCUCUGAUGAAAAGAACGCCCGAUCAUACUUGCAAACUGUUGCUAAAGGACUGGUUGAAGAUGUGGAGAGCCUAAGAGCCAGCUCUUCAUCCAUUGGAAAGCAAAAAGAGGUUUGGGUUGAAAGGAGGACGCUGAGAAGAGACAAACUUGAGAGAGUUGAGAUGCAGCAGAACUUUGAGAAUGAGCUGAGAGCCAAGCAAAGAGUUGAGGAAGAGCUGACGCACAUAAGAACUCAACUGGCCCACACUGAAAGCGAUGUUGUUCAACUCAAGGCACAGAUUGAGUCACUGCAGAAAGAGAAUGAGAAACUGAAUAAAGAGAAUCAAAAGUAUCGCAUGGGAUUAGGGUCACGAAAUGACAGUUUUACAACUUCAAUAUUUCACCAUCAAAGCGGGAAUCAACUUGAGACUAGCACUAGAGCUGCACCUCAAAAACCCAAGGUCAUUACUGGGACUGAGAGAGAGGGCACUCAUGAGUUAGUCGUGAGGUCAUUUGAUUCUCCCACUAAAUGUGAUGCAUGCACUAGCGUAAUGUUUGGACUAGUGAGACAAGGAAUGAUGUGCAAAAAUUGCCAGAUGAGUUGUCAUGUUCAAUGUAAAGACAAGGUCCUUGCUACCUGCCCUCUUCCACCCGGUCAAGCUAAAAUGCCUUCCGGUAUUGAUAUUCAUCACGGAGUGGGAACCGCUUGUGAAGGUUGGAUUCAAGUCCCCAAACCCGGUGGCGUUAAGAAAGGAUGGACAAGGGCUUAUGCUUUCGUUUGCGACUUCAAAAUAUUCUGCCACGAGCCUUCGAAUGAUGUACACAGUCCUGCGAAUGGUGUAUUCAAUAUAUUUGAUAUAAGGGACAUCAACUUCCGAGUAUCUAAAGUAACACGACAGGAUGUCAUCCAUGCUGGAGAAAAGCUCAUACCAACAAUAUUCAAAAUAUCAUGCACCCACCCAACCUGCAGUAGUGUUGGUAUACUAAGUGAGCUCUUGAUUCGUACUGAUAAUGAGAAUGAGAGAGACAAGUGGGUCGCUACUCUUGAUGAAUUACAGAAGGCAGCACGGCAGUUGGCAACAAAGAAGAAUCCUGUUAUAUCGUGUCAUGGAUUGUACAGUUCGCAGCAACUUCAACUCCUUAAAUCUGUCCAGUCUGCUGCCAUUGCUAAUAAUGACAGAAUACUCCUUGGAGCUGAGGAUGGACUGUAUAUGUUUGAUGUUGCUGAUGAAGGUCUCUAUCAGUGUGGGGAUAAAGACUUGAAGAGGGUCAUUCAGUUGGCAGUUUUACAAGAUGAAGAACUAGUAGUCAUACUAGCUGGUCGAAGGCCAACACUCCGCUUACUACCAACCUCUGCUCUUGACAGUGGGGAGAUGAGGAAUGUAGUAAUUGAUGUCACUGAAACCAAAGGGGCUCAUUUGUUCUGUACUGGUAACUUGGGACCAACUCAAUACAUUUGUGUGGCUAUUAAGAACAAAGUCUUGAUAUACGAACUGAGCAGAACAAAGACACGAUAUGAGAGAAAGAAGGAAUUAGUAAUAUCGGGUCAGGUCCACUCUAUGUCAAUGGUCAAUGAGAAACUGUGUAUUGGGUAUUUAUCAGGAUUCUCCGUAUUUAAUGUCUACCUUGAUCAACCAGAAAUAAAACUGGUCAAUAAUGAUGAUCUUUCUCUUGGAUUUGUUCGUAUUAACGAACUGAAUGCAAUGUGUGCCGUUGAGAUAAAUAAUGGUCAGGAAUACUUGCUUUGCUUCCAUUUGGUUGGUAUAUAUGUCACUAAUGAAGGUAGAAGGUCACGCAAACAAGAAUUACUGUGGCAUUCCACUCCAACAAGCAUUGUUCAUCGUCAGCCAUAUCUACUGGUAUUCUGUGAGAGCAAUCUUGAAGUGUACAAUGUGGAGACAUCGGAAUGGACACAAACCAUAUCCAUUAAAAAACUGCAGUCAAUAUCACCUGGUGGUACUAUUGCCUUGUGUAACAGCAGUGACUCCACUUGUACUGUCUACAUCAAGUCUGAUAGUGAUUCUUCUAGUAAUAUUCUUCAUGUUACUAGUGUUAAUCGUAGAGGUACUGUCAUUACCAAAAGCAAGAAAGUUGUUAAACCUGCUCGACCAGUGAUAUCGGGUCCUACAGAGUUUGCAUACGUUCAACACUUUGGACCUCAUCCACAACUCGAUGUUGAAACCAUGCAGAAUGCUGGAGAAGUGGCUCGUUUAAGAGGUGCUUCUAUACCUACUCUAUCAAUGAGCCAGUCUACACAAUCGCUGUCUCCUAGAAAAGACCAUCAUCAUUCCCAAAUAUUGUCUUCCCACCAUUAUAAAGCUGGUUCUAUUGAGCAUCUACCUGCAGCCUAUCAGUCAAUUGAUAAUUUAGCUGCAGAUCGUGACCGUCAUCGAUAAAUCUAAUUAUUAUUAUUAUUAUUAUUAUUAUUAUUAUUAUUAUUAUUAUUAUUAUUAUUAUUAUUAUUAUUAUUAUUAUUAUUAUUAUUAUUAUUAUUAUUAUUAUUAUUAUGAUCAUUGUAAACCUUUUCAAACUUAGUAGCUUUUAAUUAUAAAAAUUUGAUUAUUAAAAA